AUGGCUCUGGCUGGUGCUGGUGCUUUUUGCUGGUGCUGGUGCUGGUGCUUGUGCUGGGGCUGGGGCUUGCUGGGGCCGGAGUGGACGACUCCGCUUGCAGCGGCUAGCGCAUGGACAGUGGAGAGACUGGCAAAGAGUGGGCAAUGGGCAAUGAAUGGGCAGUGGGCAGCGCAGGCAAAGCAAUUGAUCUCAGAUGGGCUGGCGCCAAGCGGGGGCACAGAGUAUUGGCCAUGGACCCAUCGAUCAUCAGCCGCAUCGCUCGCACAGCACAGCCCGCCGCCGCCGGCUUGGGGCGUCAGGAGGACGUCGACAGCCAUGCAACAGCAGCCGGGGCAGAGAGGCGGGCGGCGCGCCUUGGUCCAGUAUGGCGCCAUGAGAGCACCUCCAGCUCCAGCACCACCAGCACCUCCAGCACCGCCAGCACCACCACCGGAGCAGCCGCGGGGCGGUUGCACCACCGUAAAUGGCCCUGGUCAGCAACGCACACCACAGUGCGUGCAGUCGAUCCCUGACAGCGCUGCAUCCAGGGUGCCCUAG